UGUUUCUACAGCAGCAGUGUGUGUGUAUCCAUCUCGUGUGGCUGAUGCUGUCAAAUCACUAAAAGCAGCCAACUCCAGCCUCCCUGUUGCCUCAGUGGCCACUGGUUUCCCAGCAGGUCAGACACCAUUAGAGACACGCUUACGGGAAGUCCGUAUGGCGGUGGCUGACGGUGCCACAGAGAUCGACAUUGUCAUCAACAGGACACUUGCCCUCACAGGACAGUGGGAAGGUUCAGACUUCAUCAAGACGUCCACAGGAAAGGAGGCCAUCAACGCCACCUACCCAGUUGCCAUAGUGAUGGUGAGAGCCAUCCGUAACUACUUCUUGUGUUCAGGCCACAAGGUGGGCUUUAAGCCAGCAGGGGGAAUCCGGACUGCUCAGGAGGCUCUGGUGUGGCUCACCCUGAUCAAAGAGGAGCUGGGCAAUGAUUGGCUCUGUCCUCACCUGUUCCGUCUGGGAGCCAGUAGCUUGUUGGCUGAUAUUGAGAGACAGAUCUAUCAUCAUGUGACUGGACAAUAUCCAGCCUAUCAUGAGCUGCCCAUGGCCUGAAGCUGAGCUGUGGACUUCCUGUUUUAAUGACCAAUCACAACCUCGGACACCAGCCUGUCAGUAUCUGUCCAGACAGCACACUGACUCAUCUAUUCUGUUAAAUCAAGUUUAAACAGUGCUCAUCAGUGUGGCUUUGUCACUCAGAUCUUAACAUUUUAACUUGAAAAUAAAAGAUAUUGAAUGUGAAAA